UGUUACUCCACGGAUUUAUCUCGACUGGAUUUUACAUUGGGGUGCUGGUGGAAGCACUACCGGUAGUAUUUGAGAUGGGUGUGUUUGCGAGCUUGUGGACAGCGAUGGCCGCCGCCGCCAUCCUGUCGGCUGGAAUGCAUGAGGCGAAGGCUGGCACGUCGUCGACGUAUUCUGUUCUGGAAACUGUCGUAGAAGGGGAGUCCAAGCUGAGCGUGGUUACCUCCGAGGUCUCGUUUGACGGGGGGAGUAUCGCAUUGCGGUUCCUCUUGUCGGACCAAUCCAUCAUUGGCGGGCAGUUCGAAGACCCAGAAUACAGCGACCAAGCCAUCUUUCCUGGCUUUGCCAUCAUGCAAGCAUCGCGAUACUUGGAUCGGCCGUUGGCGAGAGCGAUGCAAAUCGGAUUGGGGGUCGGGACCGUCCCUACGUUCUUACGUGAACAUGGCGUCCCCACGGACGUGGUGGAAAUCAGCGGCGGGGUCGUGAAGCUAGCGGAAGAGCAUUUUGGAUACGAGAACUGCGUGGUGCCGCAGCCACAGCAAAAGAGCCGCGACAAAGCAUCUCCAUGCCCGAACGGCAAGACGGUCGUGAUGGACGGCCUCGUCUACCUAAGUUCCAACGUCCCUCCCAAGCCGUCGUACGACCUGGUCAUCGUGGACGUGUACACUGGGUACAACGUCGUGCCCUUCUACACGGACGCGACCAUGUGGCAGCUCAAGGAAUCGUGGCUCAAACCCAGAGGGGUCGUCGUGUUGAACUUCGUCGGGUACGACAACUCGGACCUCGUCCGGGCCAUCCACACCACGCUGCGCUCCGUCUUCCAACACGUCCGUUGUUUCCGCGAAAUGGCGCAGAGCAUUGAGGGCGAGCCGGCCAACUUGGUGUUUUACGCUUCCAGCGCUCCCGUCACGUUCAAGCUGCCCACGGGUUCCUUGUACGAGGACAAUCCUGCGGGGUACUACGAGGUGAUUGCGCACUUUCAACAAUGGGAGAUUACGUCGUGGACCCCCGCCAGCGUCGAAGUGGCCGUGGCCCAAGAUGAAUUCUCGAGCGAACUCGGCUUUGACGACUUGAAACCCGUGGCCGACGGCGCGCUCAUCUUGAAAUCAUCGGCCGACUUCGACCAGUUCCGCGAAACGCUCCAAGCGACCGAAGUGUACAUGCGCGAGUACUGCAUCGCUCAGUUUCCCGCCGCCUUGUGGACUCAAUUGGGCUUGCCCGUUAGUUAAUCGAAAAACUACUAACGUACUCGUGUUAUAUAUGUCUAAUAUGUUUGCUGUCUAUUCGUCCUCUUCUUCUUCGUCGUCGUCGCUGGCUUCGUACGAUUCCAACCAGCUUAACCACUCGGACGUUUCGAUGAUCGCUUGCAUUUUGCCGGCCGUCGAGUCCUCCGUGUCAUACUUGUACUCGAUGAACGCCUCGUCCGAGACAAUGUCAAACGCGUACAGCGCCUUGAACGCCAGCUCCAUCAUGCCCUUGGUGCGGUUGCCUUCGCGGCCGCGGUGCUCGUGCAUGAACAGCUGCAGCGCGUACAGCGCCUGGAGCUGCUCCUUGGCAGGCGCCGCGCCCACCGUCACUUCGAGGAGCGAUCCGUACUCGUCCGGAGUGAGCCACUUGGAGCUCGUGAUCGCCGACUCCUUGUUGUGUUCCACCACUUCGGCCAGCACCACGGCGGCUGUCACGCCCUUGAGCGUGGUCUUGGCGGCCUUGGCGAGCUCCUUGCCCUUCUUGCCGGUCGCCAGCACCGUCUGCACGACGCUUCGGUCCUUGGCAGCCUUGUCCGCCGCCGCCGCAAGCGCCGCCUUCUUCUCCUCGGCAGCGACCACCGCCGCUUCCUCCGCCAAGCGCUUGGCCUCCUUCUUCUCCGCCUCCUUGCGCUUCUUCUCCGCGUCCCGAGCCGCCUUUUCUUCUUCCUUCUUCAACCGAGCCACUUCGGCCGGAUCCGGCUGGUCGUCCAGUGUCUGGCGCUCAAACGCCGACGUCACGCGACUGGCCGAUCGAUCGUCGUCGUAGCGACGGUCGCUGCCAUAGCGUCCGCCAUCGCGGUCGUUGUAGCGAGGACCGUCGUUGUUGAACCGACCACCGUCGCGGUCACCGAAACGAGGGCCGUCGUUGAAGCGUCCGCCGCCUUCGCGGUCUCCGAAACGAGGACGACCACCGUCACGGUCGUUGUAGCGAGGGGCACCACCAUCACGAUCGCCGAAACGGCCACCAUCACGAUCGCCGAAGCGGCCACCGUCGCGGUCACCGAAACGAGGGCCGUCGUUGAAGCGCCCGCCGUCACGGUCACCAAAGCG